CUAAUUAAGUUAACUAAGAGCAGAUUAUCAGUAAAACCCCCAUUAAGAUCAAGAUGACAGGGUCUGGUUCCCCAUGUGGUGCCUGCAAAUUCUUGAGAAGAAAAUGUGUGAGAGGUUGUGUGUUUGCCCCUUAUUUCUGCCACGAACAAGGUGCUACUCAUUUUGCAGCAAUUCACAAGGUUUUCGGUGCGAGCAAUGUGUCGAAACUCCUUGCUCACUUACCAGUAAGUGAUCGGCGUGAAGCCACCACCACAAUCGCGUAUGAAGCUCAGGCUAGGCUACAAGAUCCAACUUAUGGUUGUGUGUCUCAUAUUUUUGCCCUCCAACAGCAGGUUGUCAAUCUUCAAGCCCAACUGGCUUCUCUCAAGGAACAAGCAGCUCAGUGCAUCCCGAAUAGCUCCAAUAUUACUGCAAACCCUAGGGAUGGCCUUUCUUUUCUGCAAGAUGUUCAAAAUUGGUACUCCCAGUCCUUCCAAAAUCAAGGCAUGAUGUCCCAGUUUGAUCCUAACUUGAACAAUACAACUGGAGAUAUGCCCUGUUUUGAAAAUCAAAACACAAAUCUGAACCCUUUUGUGAAGUAUGAAAAUUCAGAUUUUCAUAAGGAUAACAUCUCAUUUGGGAGCAUGGAUUCAUUUGAAAUGCUAUCAAAUAACAGGCAAUAGUCAUUUCAAGAUGAUGCUUAUGAUCUCCUCUCAUUUGCCUUCUGAUUAAUUCAAAAUUCACCAGUAAUAAUUAGGGUUUUUAUGUGCACUCUUUCAAUUAUGUAUAUUAUAAAUGCAAAAUCUGAAGGCAUGGACUUCUUUAGCCA